AUGCGGCAAGCGAGUUUGCUUGGGUGCACGAUACAAAUCGCCUUCGGGUGGCCUCUCGGCAGCAAGUCACCAGAGGUCGCGGUGAACACGUCCAUCACCGAGGUGUCGCAGUUCUUGGAGCACAUUGUCAACUCCACCAACAUGAAGUGCUUGACGCCUCCGUCGGCUUUGGAUGGGGACUGCGGCUUCUUGGCGACGAACUUGUAUGCGAAGAGUGUGUUUGGCGAAGAUGCCCUGGUCAAUGUGAGCGUAGAAAAGCAGCCUGAUGGGAAGCUGGGUGGGUACAUCCGGAUUCGGAGCAAGACGCAAGGUAUUGCCUUGAGUCUGGGAGACAAGAUCACUCUCAAGCAGAAAGGUUAGUCGCUGAGUCCAGCAAUCCGGUGAGAGGAGUACCGAACGGUUGAAACGGGAUCCGUUCUUGAAAUGGAGUCGAGCUCCUGCAGAUAUUCCAUUGUUAAGCACACUGCUGCAGAUUUUGCAUGCAUUAUGAAUCAUGAUGGCCCGCCUAUAG